CGGGAUCAGCUGUUUGUUGUGUUCCCAAACAGAAAGGGGUGUCAGAUGGUCCACAGACGUCUGGGAGAACCGAAGGCUUUCUGCUGUCAUGGAGGAGAUCAUUGAACACCCCGUUGCGGACGGGAUGGAGGAGAGAAAGAGGAGUGAGACGUCCUCCUUCUUGAAGAGUCUCUCUGAACACAGGAGUACACAGAGUAAUACGCACGGUAGUACGCAGUCCUCCCAACGCCUCCUGGCGUACAGCGACGCCUUGAUCUCCAUCAUAGCCACGGUCAUGAUUCUACCUGUCGCGCACACCAAGAUAGGAGAAGACGAGGAGUUGAAGGAGAGUGUUCAGGUUUUGUUGACCACAAAAAUUGGCGUUUAUUUAAUGACGUUCCUGAUCGUAACGGUGGCCUGGGCCGCGCACGUCAGGUUAUUUCAGGUGAUCGUACGCAUUGAUGACUGCCUGGCUCUCCUCAACCUGGCCUGUAUGAUGCUGAUAACCUUCCUCCCGUACACAUUUUCGCUGAUGGCGACGUUUCCUGAGAACCACCUGGGGAUCCUGCUGUUCUGCGGCUGUGUAAUGGUCAUCGGCCUGAUUCAGGCCUUGGUGGUGGUCUACGCCUUCAGUAGACCCUUCCUGCUGAAGGAGCAGAUCCAGACCUCAGAGGACCUAAAGGUUUACAAACACCACAUCCUGCAGGUCAUCCUCAAGGUUCCAGUCAUGUGCUUCCUUGCCAGCAUCUUCUCCUUCAUAUUCCUCCAACUGUCCUACGUGCUGCUGGCCAUGGUGAUCUUCCUUCCAUAUAUCUCCCAGUUCUUAAAGUGGUGUCGCAGCAAAGCCACCGGUGAGGAGGAGACCCCAGACCCUGACACCCUCUACCAGGCCAGUGAGCCGCUGUCCAAGGAGCGGCUGGAGGCCUUCAGCGAUGGUGUCUAUGCCAUCGUGGCCACGCUGCUCAUCUUGGACAUAUGUGAGGAUAACGUCCCCGACCGAGAGACCGUGAAGACCGUCUACAACGGGAGCCUGGUGUCGGCGCUCAGCGACUACGGACCGGAGUACCUGGCGUACUUCGGGUCCUUCGUCACUGUGGGGCUGCUCUGGUUCGUCCACCACUCGCUGUUCCUCCACGUCACCAAGACCACGCGCUUCAUGGGCCUGCUCAACGCCUUCUCGCUCGCCUUUGUCGGCGGCCUGCCGUUAGCCUACCAGCUCACCCACGAGUUCCCGCGCAACUCUAACAACGAGCUGGAGGCCAUUCAGGUCAGCUGCGUCAUCAUCUUCUUUGCGGGUAUCAACCAGCUGGGGAUCUGGGUGGUCGCCCUUUACAGCGAACAGGAGACCCUGCACCGAUACGUACGCUACGCUGGCCGCGACCACAUCUUCAUGCUAGCCAAGCUAGCACUGUAUCCCUGUGUGGCGCUUGGAACUUUUUUCCUAACAUGUAUUUUGAGUCAAUUUAGCGCAUCCAUCUUUCACCUGAUGGAGAUCACAGUGCCUUUGGCCUUCUUGGUCUUGAGGCUUCUGGUGCGUGUUGCACUAGCUGGGCUACGGCUAGUCUUCUGUCCAGAAAGAGCCAUUCCCAGGACCGUUCUGGAGGAGGAGCAGGAUGCCCUGGUUGCCUAGAGGACGACGGGCACUAAAAGCUACAGAAAGCAGAUGCAAGUGCUGCAUAAUGAGGAUGGAAGCCAUUAGAAAGAGUCGGAUCUGGAGCAUGCAAACCAUGCUAACCAUUUUGUUGUCUGGUCAAACCAACAGGAAAUGUUCUGAAUGUAAAUAGGGUAUAAUAACGUUAUUCCGCUGCCAUAAUAAUAAUGGGGAUUUAAAGGUCCCAUGGCAUGCUACUUUAUGGAUGCUUUAAUAUAGGUAUUAGUGGGCCCCUAACACAGUAUUUGAAGACGUUCCUGAAAAAAUUAUCGUAUGCUCGCUAGUCUGGCUGAACGGAAGUGGACAGCGUCUAUUGCCUAGCGUCGGAUUUAGCCGCGACUCCUCCCCUUCCGGUUGCUGGCGUUCCCGUAUUGUGCUCCCCCUCAAACUCGGAAACUAGGCAGUAUGGCGAGUUUUGAAGAGGACUUUGACGGCGCUGUAAAGUUGGCAUGUUUGGCUCUUUCCGUCGAAAAUGGCAAAGAACUGCAAAAGAUUUGCUUACAGCAUUUGCUGAGGAAGAAAGAUGUUCUAUUUUGCAUGGACACCGCUACUGCUUCCCGGGCUUAGCCCCGCCCUAGACGAUUGUGAUUGGUUUAAAGAAAUAAAAACAGGCCCUCCCAGUUUCCCCACGGAUAGACGGCUCGAGGUAGCGUGGCUCCAGACCAUUCUACUUGCUGUAGUUUGGUCUGGCUUUGCCUCGCAAUGGCGAGGCGCACACAGCCUUUGGCCGUGUUCGGUAAAUAUUCUAGCACACUCGACUACAGGAGCUCUAUAUCUAGAUAAUAUCAUAUUAUACAUAUAUAUAUAUAUCAUAUAUAUUAUCACGGCCAAAAGCAGUGUGCGCCUCAAGACGAUAUUAGGAUUCUCAAACGACUGCGUCGGGUUCUCCGACGUCUCUGGUUCUUCUACUUCCACACCCGAAUGACGACAUACGGGGAAAAUCCAAAUCGGUGCGUCUGAGCUUUGUUUUUUCAAAGGCAGAGCAGGAUACGUAGUGCUCAUUUUAAACCUGACGCCAUUUCUAGCUACUGGGGGGGACCAGUCAGGCUAGGGGAACUCAUGUUAGAAAACCUCAUAAACUAAAACUUUAAUGCCAUGGGAUCUUUAAUCAAUAUUAAAUAAUAUAUUAAGGCUUUGUUAGCAGUCUGUAUUCUGUAUUCUAAGCCAUUAAGUUAAUUGGGGUCAGGGAUGUUUAAGAGCCAACCCUAAAUGUGAAGACUAGGGUUGACCCUAGCCAUAGGCGAGUGCUGGACACUCAAGUGACCCAUUUUUUGUGUGCAACAGUCAUUGCAAAGUAAGUCCAACCAUUAUCAAUUCACUGCACUUUAUUUUUAAUGUUAAUCUGCACAAACAUGUGGUUACAUCUGUAAUCACAACCGUCCUUUGUUGCCCAUGGCCGUGCUAAAUGUAAAAAUGUAGAGGGUUUCAAAUUUAGGGUUAGAUUAUGGUUGGGGGAUGGUAAUGGAUAUUGGGGUAAAUGGUGAUUAGGGUUAGAUGCCGGUGAUAGUGGUUGGUGUGGGGAUGGGAUUGAAUUGUGGGGUAUCACAUUUAUUCCAGAAUUUUUGAUUAUUUUACUCAAACAACUUUUAAUAUUUAACCCAAUCCUUUCUGUGAUGUUUGUUCCAAGGUUACAUCCUCAAUCAAAUGUUGAUCUCCGGCCAUCUCAAACUUACCCCCCCCCCUGUUAAAUAACGUGCAUGUAAACAAGUGACCAUGUCUUACACUGUCCCUGUUUCAAUUAAUGAAAGUGUACUUUUGGUUCAGAAAAUGUUGACAUUUAAAGAAAAAAAAUAAACUUUCUUUAUUCAUCUCAAUACAGUAUAUAUCUCCACAACCAGCAAUGACUAUGAAUAACAUACGUGGUGUUCUACAUUACAUCUUUGUAUUUCACAUUGCCCAUAUAUUAACAGUACUCUUCCAUAUCAUAGAUUCUACAGUUCAAUCUCACUUCAAAAGCUAUUAGAUAUUUCAUUAGAAAACAUUCCAGCAUAUUGCAAAUCAAACAAACCUACACAAAAUGAAAAUGACAUAACAAAUGCAGUGCAUGAUAACCUAAACUGGUCAAGUUACAACUAUAACCUCAAAACCUCCUUUUAAAAAUCACUUCAGAAGAAUCAGUACACGCAACAAUCAGAGGCUGAACUUUAUCUGUCUAAAGAUCAUAAAAGGUCCUGACUCAGUGUCAAUGUCUGUAUAAAUAAAAAGAAAGGUCAUAUCUAUCUGAACUCUGUAGACUGACAAGGAGUUUCUAGUUAUAGUAGUUACUAGUUAUAGCCGUUAGUUCCUGGUAACACUAGAGGACGACAUUAUAUCAUUUUCAAACAGCUGGUCCCAAAUAUUUCCGUAAGCCAACUGGAAGUGAAACAGGAAUGUGGUACUCGGUCACCUAGUUCCACAACACAUUCAAGAUUUUCCUCGGAAAAUCUAAUUUGGACAACAUUUUACAAAUUGCACUCUGGUAAAGCCUUCUGCAUUGUUUAUCAAAAUAAUCUUGCCCCAUUUCAUUAUUUGUGACGUUAUAUUGGUAUGAUACUGUUGAAUUUUAUCAUUCGAACAUCUAAAAAACAGUAAACAAUACAUUUCCAUUGACAGAAGUAAUUUUGUAUAACCCGUACCAGAAUCAUGGUACUUCACCCUACCCAACAGAAACCACAACUCAAAUGAUUCAGUGAGACAUUUGCAUAAGAUCAAAGUAUUGCUAAAUCUACCUCUCUGGUAAUAUUGGGUCUCCCAUCAUACACUGCAAUAAGCAUCAGGUCGCAACCUUAACAUCAACAAUGUCAAGCAAAUUCAAAACCAAUGCUCCCUGUAGUCUAGCCUCCCCUGCAGAAGGCACCAGGAACACAGGAAGCACAAUCGCAAGUCAAAGUUCAACUUUAGCACGCUUAAAUCGGUUUAAAAUGUUUACUUUCUACACAGCAGUCUCCUAUCCCAAGUCCCAUCUAUAUAGAUCUACAGAUUUAUAUAGUUUCUUAAAGUUUAUAUUUUAGGCAUUUCUUCAUGUGAACAUCAUUACCAUAGUGUAUGUACAGUACUAUACAGUGAUCGCUAUGCAUGCACAGGUCAGAUCUAAACACUAAGGGCAAGCUGAGGUGACAGGAGUGAACACAGGCUGAGGCUGUGACUUAAGGUGUUAUAACAUUACUAUUAGAACAGUAGUUAUAACAUUUCAUUACA